AUGAUGGGCUAUGGGGGUCAGUCGUAUCAUCAUGCGCAGGCGCAGCAGCAGCAACAAUCCCAGCAGCCACAACAGCAACAGCAACCCCCACCGCCGCAGCCUCAGCAGCCGCACCAAGCUUCGCAUGUGCAGCAUCCGCUGGGUUCGCAGCGUCAUCAUAUCCCAUCUCCAUCAAUAAGCGCUACUCCUAACCUGUCGCAGCAUGGGAGUAGCCCUUAUGUAGGCAAUAAGCCUUUGUAUCGCGCCGCCACGUCACAGCAGCAGGCGUUUUCAACGGUGCAAUCACCGGAUAUGCGCAAGAUGGCUCCUGCCUCCUCCAGUCCACUGACGGGGUACCCCACGGCAACCACCUAUGGGCAGUAUCCUGGUCAAUUUGCGCAGCAAGCGUCUCCGGAUUUCAUGACUCGUCCGGACUUCAUGGCACGUGGGUCUGAUCCUAUGGCACUGCAGAAUCUCCAGCGGGGUUACCAGAACCCCAUGACCCACGUCCGUGGGGGUACGGGGAUAGGUCCAUCGACAGGUCUGACCCAAGGCCAUGGCAUGGGGAUUCCGUCGCCACAGCAGUCCUUGAACCGUCUUCCUCAUGCCAACAUUCAGCAAAGAGAUAAUCAUGCAUCUGCUAGUCCAUCCAUGACUAGUACCUCAAUGUUUGCCAUGAACCAACAACGGCAGUCUUCGCAACCUCAGCCGCAAUCGCCGCAGCAAACGCAGCAGCAACUCCAUCAGUUUCAUCAGCAGAGACACCAGCAGCAGCAGUAUCAACAGCAACAGCAGCAGCAGCAACAACAGCAAUAUCAGCAGCAACAGUAUCAGCAGCAGCAGGAGCGUCUUCAACAGCAGCAAAGGCUGGAGCAGCAGCGACUAGAGCAGCAAAGACAAGAACAACAGAGACUUGAGCAGCAGAGGUUGGAGCAACAAAGGCUGGAGCAGCAAAGACUCGAGCAGCAGAAAUUGGAGCAGCAACGGCUCGAACAACAAAGGUUGGAGCAACAGCGGCUGGAGCAGCAGAAGCAGCAGGAAAAGCUGGAGCAACAAAAGCGCCUCGAGCAGCAGCGCUUGGAGCAACAAAGGCUGGAACAGCAGCGUUUAGAGAAACAGCGUCUUGAACAGUUGGAGCAGCAACGCUUGGAGCAACAGCGCCUCGAACAACAAAGGCAGGAGCAGCAGCGGCAAGAGCAGCAGAAGCAAGAGCAACAGAGGCUCGAACAGCAAAGGCAGCAGCGUUUGGAGCAGCAGCGACUCGAACAGGAACAGAAACAACAGAUGGAGCAGCAGCGUCUACAAAAGUUGCAGCAGCAGACGAUGGUCCACAACCCAUACCAGCAACAACAGUCUCCCUUCAGUCAACAUGCUCAGAUUCCGUUCCACCAGUAUCAGCCACACGCCCAGGCCCAGAAUCAAUACACGCAACAACCGCAGCCUCAAUUCGCGCAAGCACCGCAGCAGCCUCAAUUCACCCAGCCUCAGCAGACGCAGUUCCAGCAUUAUCAGCCACCUACUCAAGCAACUACGGAGAAGUCCUCUCGUGCCGCACCAGCCGCGGCUGCCUCUGCAUCGGCUCCGAUUAGUAAUGUGACCAUCAAGCAUGAAAAUCCGAGUCCUAAGCCGAAGAAAAAGUCCAAACCCCGACAGUCAACUGCUGCGCAGGCAUCUGCCAAGGCCCAAAAUACUACGCAAACCCAGGCCCAAAAUCAGGCUCCGGCUCAAGCUCAGGUGCAGACUCAGGCUCAGCCGCCACCCAUGUCUCAAUCUCAGACCCAGUCGAUCGCAAACCUGCCUGCUCCAUCUGCUCCAAACACCACCAUCUCGAUGACGGUCAAUCAACAAGUACCGACACAGGUGCAGUCUGCUGCCGCGGCCACGGGUGAUGGGGAGGAAGUUGCAGCUCGGCAUGCGGCCGCGGUAGCAGCGGCGAUAGCGGCUGGUCUUCCCCCGCCACAGCCUGGACAGCCCUUCAACCCGAAUGCUUCGGGGUCAUUCCCUCAGAUGACCAUUGGUCCAGAUGGGAAGCCGCAACUACCAAAGCGUAAACGUGGUCGUCCUCGCAAGGCCGAUCAAAUUGCGUGGGCGGAGCUGACUGGUCAGCCUUUGCCGCCACCGAAACCACGAAAGCCACCUACAGCUCCGAAAAAGAAGCCGGGCACCGGUCGCCCCCGGGGUCGACCCCGCAAAGCGGACGUGGCUGCCGCCGCAGCUGCCAAGGCAGCGGCAGCGGCCGCAGCCUCUGGUGAAGGUGCUAAGGAUGGUGAGCAGAGUCAGGCCGAUGGCAACGCUUCAUCAAAUGAUCAGCCAGACGCCAAUGGAGCUCAGAAGCGAUCUGCACCGGCUGAUGACGACUCGCGGAAACGGCCCUGCCCGACACCCCCAUACCCUCAACAGGGUCAAGGUCAAGCCUCGGCUCAACAGCAGACACCACAGCUGCCCGCUCAAAGCCAAGCACCGCCGCAACAACAUAAUCAAGGAUUCUCAAUGCAGCAGCAGCACCAGCAACAUCACAACGGACUCGCGCAGACGCAGCGGCUUGCGCAGACAGGUCAGCAUAUGGGCCAGCAUCUUCAGCAACAUGCUGCUCCGGGUCAGCAGCUCCCCAUGCAGACCAGUCAUCCAAUGUCAUUACCGCCGCAUUUGCAAAUGCACCAGCAGGGAGGCCUUCACGCUGCUCGACCCACGCAGAACCAUCCGUACCUACAAAAUCAAAUGCCUUCCAUGCAGUCGCCGAUGCAACAGUCAACAAUGCAACUCCCGCAGCCAAUUCACGGGCAUUCGUCGCAUUCUGGCCAGCAGCAGACACAAAAUCAGCCACAAGUUCAGCCUGUGCAAGGACAACACUUUGGACAAGUUCGCCCUGCCGCGCAACAGCAGACCCGUGCUCCUCCACCGCCCGCGCCGCAACAUCAGCAUCAACACACCUUCCAGGUUCAGCUGCAACCCCAAACAACCUAG